AUGGAAGAAUAAAGAUUGGAAGCCAUCGAUCUUAUUCUUAUCCAUGCUGCUCUGGAACUACAAGAGAGGUAGCAGCAAUGGCGGCUGAGGUGGAGGAGGGGAGGACGGGUAUCCCGUCUCUGCUCUCCUCCGCCGUGGGGGAGGAGACCAUCGCCUCCAACAUCGCCCAGCUGAUAGGCUGGACGCCACUGAUUGAGAUGAAGAACAUCCCCAAGAAAGAAGGCAUCCAAACUCGUUUGAUCGGGAAGAUGGAAACAUACCAACCCCUGUUCUCGGUCAAGGACAGAACUGCUCUCAGUAUGAUUGAAGAUGCAGAGGAGAAAGGCCUCAUUACUCCCGGUGUUACGACACUGAUUGAACCAACCAGUGGCAAUCUUGGUAUCGGUUUGGUAUUGGUUGCUAUUCAGAAAGGCUACAGGUUUAUUGCUGUUAUGCCCGCUAGAUAUUCACCUGACAAGCAGAUGCUAUUGAGGUUUUUGGGUGCUGAACUGAUAUUAACAGAUCCUGCAGGUGGGUACAAGGGUGCGAUGGACAAAGUGGAAGAUCUCAUGAAGAUCAUGCCUAAUUAUCAUUGUUUUAAUCAAGCAACCAACCCAGCAAAUCCAGAGGCACAUUUCAAAUGGACUGGACCUGAAAUUUGGAAGGACACAGCCGGCAAAGUUGAUUUCUUUGUAACCGCAGCUGGAACAGGAGGCACAUUGUCAGGUGUAGGAAGGUACCUGAAGAUCAAAAAUCCAUCUAUAAAUAUAGUGUGCGUGGAACCUUCAGAAAGUGCUGUAAUUUCAGGUGGUUCACCAGGAUCACACAAGAUUCAAGGCACUGGGCCAGGUUUCAUACCGAAAACUUUGGACAGGUCCAUCAUCGAUGAAGUUGUGACCGUAAGCUCAGAGGAAUCCAUGGCAAUGGCAAGAAGGCUUGCAAAGGAAGAGGGGCUUCUUGUUGGCAUAUCUUCUGGUGCAAAUGUAGCUGCUUGCAUCAAGAUUGCAGCUAGAGAGGAGAACAAGGGUAAGAUGAUUGUUACGAUGUUCCCGAGUGGUGGUGAAAGAUACAUGAGCUCUGAUCUCUUUGCAGAUGUAAGGGAGGAAUGUGCUAAUAUGACCUUCUAAUGUCUUGGUGCAGCUCUCCUUUGCUGUACUGCAAAGAGAUUUGCUUCAGAAUUCAGACCACACGCUCCAUUUUGCUAUGUUUUUCUUCUCCUUUCCUGUUUUGAGAACAAAAAAAAUGCCAUAUUAUUUCAGAAAUCGAUCCCGUAGAUUAUGAAAUUGGAAGCUCAAGAGUGCUAAUGCAUCCAGGAUCUUGAUGUUGGGCGAGAACAUCAUUCCUGUGAUUUUGGGCACCGAAUAGUACAAGAAAGCCAUAGUGUCUUUUGGAGAUCCAAUACUCCUGCAGUAUUGCUGGGCUGGGCAAAGCUUUACAAUUCUAAGCUUGAUGCAUUGUUGUUUUAGUUAUCUCUGAAUUAUUGGUAUGUUGCCAGUCGGCAUGUUCAUUAUUUUGGGCUUCAAUCACUUUUGCAAUUUUCUUGAUAAGAGUUAA